AUGGCCUUCAGCUUCGGUUUUGCAGGUGACGACAUCGACAUCGAUGACUCGGAGAUCAACAAUGAUUUCUCCGAUAUGCCCUCCCAGCAAGCUGUUGCAAAUUCCCUUCCUGAGCUGGUGAAGGCGAAUAAACAUGAUAUGAAUGAAUGGCUUUCAAUUCUCCCUUCUCAAAUUUCAUUUAAUAAGCUCGCUAUCAGCGAUGCACUGGCCGUGGGCCGCCGAGAGAUUUUUGACAUACGGACUCAACUCAUGGCUGAAGAUAGCGCUGGCCAUGAUAACGAAGAGCUCAUUGCCGGUAUCGAGAAAGGUGACAUCAAGCCCAAUUUCUACGAGGGCGGGUUCAAGACCUGGGAAUGUGCUCUGGACCUCGCCAAAUUAUCCCUGAAUGAAAAUAUCUUGAACGAGUCCUCUGAUAGACCGGCAGAUGUUCACAUAAUCGAGCUUGGCGCAGGAACAGCAGUUCCAACAUUGACCUUCUUUGCCCGCCUCCUUCAGGUCGAAGCUGGCCAGGGUCAGAAAAAGACUCAUUUGACUUUUGCGGACUACAACUCUGACGUGCUCCGUCUCGUCACGUUGCCCAAUCUUCUUCUCACAUGGCACAACAGUCGUUCUCAAACGGCAGUCUCGGCCACCUCAACUGCACCAGGACAGGAAGAAGAAGAGCUGGACAUCACGCCUGAGCUAGUGGAGGAAUUCAAGACUGAUAUUGCCCAGCGCGGAAUUACCGUGGACUUCGUCUCCGGCGCUUGGUCACCGGAGUUUGUUGACUUGGUCUUUUCGUCCAGUGAAGGAUCUUCUCGCAAGACCUUGGUUCUUGCUAGCGAGACCAUCUACUCGCCAGCUUCGCUGACAGCCUUCUCCGAAACUCUUUUGGCACUGCUCCGUCGGUCCAACACCGAGUCAACCAAAAGCCGCGCUCUUAUCGCGGCUAAGAAGGUCUACUUCGGAGUCGGUGGUGGCGUCGAUGAGUUCCUUUCUGUAUUGAACAAUGUAUGUGCUGGAGAGUUGAAUGUGCAGGAGAAACUGAACGUCCAGUCUGAGGGCGUGGGCAGAGUCGUACUGGAAGUUGUUCCCACGACCCAAUCUUGA